AUGACUUUACUUAAGAGAGACGUAGCCUGUUUGAAGGCUAAACAACCUGGAAUGAGCAAUGAAGUUCAAUUAUCGGAGGAUAUUGAUUUAAUACGGAAGGAGAUUGAUGAUGUCAAAAAAAUUAUGUUGGAAUUUCGCGAAGUCCGCCAUGACAGCAGUAAACGACAAGACGAUCUGAUUCUUGGGUCUUAUCAUAAUGAUAAGAACACUAGAAACAAGUUAAAUAAUAGUUACAAGAUUACAAACAAUUCCAAUGAGGGUAUCGUUGAGAUUCAUAUCGACACGCCCCUAACGGACGUAAACAAACCAAGUGAGGGAGAAAGUACGUGCAAGAGCUCCCACUCUUUUGCGCAUACGCCGUUGCCGGUAACGUUAUUGCAGAAACAGAAUAAUCCUAUUAGUGAUACUGACACACAUUAUGUACCUACCUAUAGAGAUAUAGCAAACACGAUUCGCACGCAAUUGAGUAAACGAAAAAAUGACGAAGGUUUUACGAUUGUUUCUAAAAGGAGACAUGUAUACAGGUAUAGAAACGAGCGAGGUACUUUACAAAACGCGAAUAAAUUACAGGCUGCGGAAUCAUUUGCGUAUUUCUAUCUCUCACGUACGAAAAAGCACAUAAAUGAAAAUGAUAUUAGAGACUAUAUAAAAGAAAUGAAAGAUGAAUGUAUUGACAUAGAAAUGUUGAAACAGACACGAGAAACACAUUUUAAUUCUUUCAAGAUAACUGUCCUAGCAUCAAAAAUUAACAAUUUAUUACAAAAAAGUUUUUGGCCAGAGGGUUUAGUCUUUCGAAGAUACCGUAACCAGCGUUCUAUUAAGGGCAAUACACUGGUAUGUAAUAAAUAA